AUGAUUCCAGACACUUCAUCUAUAGCCGGUUAUACAAUUUUUCGGGAAGAGCCCAACGACGCCGCUCCAGACCUGACUAAGCAGGGCCCGGUUCAUCCUCUUGACCCUCUCUCCAUCGAAGAGAUACGUGCUGCAACCAAGAUCAUCCGUGAGUAUGCCACACCUAAGAAGCUCAAGUUCAACUUCCUCUCGCUGCGCGAGCCCGCCAAGGCCGAGUACCAGGCCUUCCGCGCCGGCCGAGGUCCCCGCCCGGCCCGCCGCGCCUUCGGCGUCGUGCUGAUACGGGGCACGCCGGAUUCGGCCGAGGUCCUGGUCAACCUGGACCGGCUGGCCGUCGAGCAAUGGCAGGAUGUGCGCGACGUCGGCCCGAUGCUGACGCUCGAGGACCUCGACAUCUGCGAGCGCGUGGCCCGCGCCGACCCGCGGUUCCAGGAAGCCUGCCGCGAAGUCGGCAUCACCGACAUGGAAAAGGUCUUUGUCGACGGCUGGGCCAUUGGCUUCGACUACCGCUGGGGCAUGGAUCGCCGCCUGCAGCAGGGGCUGGUCUACUAUCGCAACUCGCCCAACGACAACCAGUACGCCCACCCGCUCGACUUCACCGUCGUCAUCGACACCGAGAAGGAGAUCGUGCUCGCCAUUGACGUCCGCCACGUCAACGGCGAGCGCACCAAGCCGCCGCUGGCCGAGCACAACUACACCCCAGAGUUUAUCUCGGCUGGGUACCGCCACGACAGGCUCAAGCCCGUUGACAUCACCCAGCCCGAGGGCGUCUCCUUCAGCAUGCGCGGCAACGAGCUGUCGUGGGCCGGCUACAAGAUGCACAUUGGCUUCAACUACCGCGAGGGCAUCGUCCUCUCUGACGUCAGCAUUUUUGACGAGCACGAGCAGCGGGAGCGCACCCUCUUCAACCGCAUCAGCGUCGUCGAGAUGGUCGUCCCUUACGGCAACCCCAGCCCGCCCCAUCACAAGAAGCACGCCUUUGAUGUGGGCGAGUACGGCUCCGGCUUCAUGAGCAACUCUCUGUCGCUCGGCUGCGACUGCAAGGGCGCAAUCCACUACCUGGACGCCGUCCUGGCCGUCAGCACCGGCGAGCCCGCCCUCAUCAAGAACGCUGUCUGCAUCCAUGAGGAGGACAACGGCCUCGCGUACAAGCACACCGACUUCCGCAACGGCCAAGCCAUCUCGGCCCGCGACCGCAAGCUCAUCAUCUCGCAAAUCAUCACCGCCGCAAACUACGACUACGCCUUCUACCACAUCUUCAACCUCGACGGCACCUACAAGCUCGAGAUGAAGCUGACGGGCAUGCUCAACACGUACUGCCUGCACCCGUCCGAGUCUGCCGCACCCUACGGCACCGAGGUGGCACGGGGCCUCACCGCCCAUCACCACCAACACAUCUUCUCGCUCCGCAUCGACCCGGAGAUCGACGGACCCAACAACUCGGUGGUGCAAAACGACGCUGUCUCGUCCGAGGCACCGCUCGGCUCCGCCGAAAACCCUUACGGCAACGGCUUCUACUGCAAAAAGACGCCGCUGCUGACCGCCAAGGCAGGCGCCGCCGACUACUGUCACGAGACGAGCCGGUCCUGGGACAUCAUCAACCGGAGCAAGCUGAACCCGUCGACGGGCAAGCCCAUCGCCUACAAGAUCCUCAACUCGUCGUGCCCCCGCAUCCUCGCCAAGCCGGGCAGCAUGGUGUGGAAGCGCGCGACGUUUGCGCAGCACGCGCUCUGGGUCGUGCCCUACGAGGACUGGCGCAUCUACCCGGCCGGCGACUACGUGCCGCAGUCCCAGGGCGAGCUGGGUCACCCUUUCAACCCGACCGUGGCCGAUUGGGCCGCGCGCGACGGCUCCAUCGACGACACCGACAUCGUCUGCUACAUCCAGUUCGGCCUCACCCACUUCCCCCGCACAGAGGACUUCCCCAUCAUGCCCGCCGAGCCCGUCAGCGUGACGCUGCGCGCCUCCAACUUCUUCGUCAAGAAUCCUGCCCUCUGGCUGCCCCCGACCCAGCUCGGCGACGGCGACAAGACUUCGCGCGACGCGUUCGCCAAGGAGGCGCAGGCGUCUGCUGCUGCCGGACCCUGCUGCCAGGCUCCUUCGCUCAAAAGCAAGUUGUGA